CUCCGCCCGCCAACUAUGGCCGCCGCCGUCUCUCGCCGCGGCUUGGCCGCGUUGCUGCUGGGCCGCCGCCCCGGCCCGCUGCCGUCCUGCCUGCGCCCGCCGCCCGCCCGCCGCCGCCUCCUCAGCGCCGCCGCCUCACUCGGGCCGGGGCCGGGAGCGCCGCAGGCCGCGGUCCCGCUCCUCGCUGCCGCGCGCCGCUACAGCCAGGUUAUCGACUCGCCGACACAGGAAGGUCAGCUCGCGGAGCAGGACCCGGAGCCACCCAAGGCAGAGAAUGAGGACUCCGUGUUUCUCAUCAGGGCGCAUGGCUUCCCCUUCGCGUGCACCAAGAAGGAGAUGAUGGCCUUCUUUGAUAGCUGUAAGAUCCGGAAUGGUGAGAAUGGCAUACACUUCCUCCUAAACAGGGAUGGGAGGCGCAGAGGAGAUGCCUUGAUCGAGCUCGAGUCAAAAGCAGAUGUCCAGAAAGCAUUGGAAAAGAACUUGAGAUACAUGGGCACACGUUACGUGAAAGUUCAUGAAAUACACGAUAAAGAUGUAGAUGGCUUACUGCAGAGCCUGCGGUAUGAGUCGCAGGUCAUGAGCGAUGGAGUUGUACUACUCAGAGGCCUUCCGUUCGACUCCACGGAGGAUGACAUUGCAGAUUUUUUUGCAGGUUUGAGGAUAACUGACAUAACUUUUGUCUAUCGGGGAGAAAGAAAAACGGGAGAAGCUUAUGUGCAGUUUGCAGCUCCGGAAAUGGUAGCUAAAGCCCUACUAAGGCAUAAGGAGUACAUGGAGAAUAGAUAUAUAGAAGUAUACAUAAGUACAAAGCGUGAAAUGCAGAGGCAUUUGUCUCUUCGCAAGGAGAUGGUAAGACUGAGAAGAGAGCUUGGAUCCACUGCAGAAGAAAGGGAGUUGGAUUACACCAGAGGCUCCAGUGCCGAAAGAGAGAACGAACUGGCUAGCGAAGCAGCAGAAAGUUCCAGGCCUUGUUCACAAUCUGGGAGCAUCUUAUCGUCACUACGCACCGUCCAUGUGAGGGGUUUUCCUACCCAAGUUAGCGCCCAAGACAUAGUAGACUUUUUUGCCCCACUGAGGCCCUCAAGGAUCCUAAUAGAAUACAACUCUGAUGGAGUUGCCACAGGCGAGGCUGAUGUGCAUUUUGAGAGCCACGACGACGCAGUCGCUGCAAUGGCUAAGGAGAGGGCACAGCUGCAGUUUGGUGCUGUUGAAGUAUUUCUGAAGGAACAUCCAAAGGCUGCAGGACACCACUAGUGACAGUGGCAAGAUCUCAGAUUUGGUCGAAGUGAAUGCAUUCCUGGGGUACAAGCAGAGAUCGAGCAUGAGAGUUGCUGCUCAUUUUCAAGGAUAAGCUGUGUAAAACAUCAUUUGGAUUUAUGUAACAGCAUGUAAUAAAGUGUGUUGAUAUGCUGUA